GCGGGAACGAGUAACCCUUCGCCGCUGCCUCUGCCUCGAUAGUUCAUGAAUUGAAAGGAAAAUGGGCGGAGGAUUUGAGUUUCCCACUGUUUUUUGAUCCGCAUUCUAUCUGGGAAGUUUCUGUGAAGACACCCCCUUCCCCGAAUCUAAUGUCAGACCCGUUCGGACGCGGCCCACUUAGGCACAAGUCAGCAGGUCAGCAGCAGACGCUACGCUCUAGAGCAGAGCCAUUCCGGUGUUUACUUUUGAGUCUUGCAGGCUUUUGCGUCGCGAGACAAUGUUUGAAAUUGUGUCAUCGGUGUGACUGCAUAUGUGGGCUCAUGGCUCUGAAGACGGCUUGCAAAAAUGUGAGGUGUUAAAGUUGUUUUCGGUUGGGUGCCUGCACAAGGUCCUUAUCUGCUGACUUGACAAGGAGAUAACCUGUUGGUGACCAUUAUUUUGGUAAUGCAGAAAGAUGGUUGUGGUAAACGGCAAGAGUACCCUACUCGUUCAUACUGCAGUGAAAGAGGAACCAAUUAAAGUCAGUAUUGAUGACACCACUACUGCAGAAGAUGUAUGCAUCAAAAUUUCUAAAGAUCUCAACAUUGGUCCUGUGGCAAGAUAUCUGUUUGCUCUUCGCUUACCUGACAAGAAUGUUUUUCUUGGUCCAAAUAUUCUACUCUCCCUACUUAAAUCGAAUGCUUUCGUUUUUCGUGUGAGAUUCAAAGUUCCACAACCUGAACGUCUGGAAGCUAUUGAUGUGGGUGCAUACAACUAUUUCUUUCAUCAAGCUCGAAAAGAUUUUGUCGAUGGAGAGGUUCCUGAUAUUUCAUUCAAGAAAAGAGACCAGAAGAAGGAGGCUCUCGGACUAGCAAUCACUGACAUGUACCUCUACAAGGUAGAGAAAGGAGUAGAGAUAUCAGCAGUUGUACAAGAUUACAAAAGGUUCUUUCCGAAAGAAGUUCAAAACCAUCAUUCCAUAUUCUUAAAAAAGCCUAUCCGAGAAAAUCUCUGUAGGAUAGAAGAGCACAAGCUGGAAUCUGUGUACAUUAAACGCAGAUGGAUUGAGCAGUUCAGAGAGAUGGCACCCUCUUACCUAACAGAGGAGUUCACUGUUCUUCCUGGUGAUGGUAGUGAAAUUCGUUCACUAUCUGUGCGAGUAGAUCCUUUUAAUGAGCAAUGUCCAGGUAUUCAAGUGAAACCUGAUGGGAAAAAGGAUUGGGUGCAUCUAUGCAGCAUUGAAGAUCUAUGUUAUGUGGCUGUGAAGUUUGACAAUACAGUAGAAAUAUCAAGAAAGAAUGGCAUACCAUCUCAUAUGAAAUUUCCCUGUAUUUCCAUAAUGAUAUCUUUUGUGAGUUUGCUAGAUGGUUACUAUCGCCUGAUGACAAACUGGACAUUUAACUUGUGCAAAGAAGUGCGGACACCAUCACUUCAAAGACUUCAGUCAACAAGUUGCCAUGGGCCUGUUGGAAUGGAGUUUUCUUACACAAAGUUGAAAGAAAAGCGAGACAAUGACCCAGGCUGCUUCCUUUUGAGAGAAAGUGAAUCAGAUUAUGAUGUAUAUUUCUUAGAUGUUUGUUAUGACAGUGGCACCAAAGACAAGCCAAAACUAAAAGCAAAGUCUUAUAAAAUAAAUGUAGAAUACCACAUUGAUGAAGAAGGUGGACGUCAAAGUAUUUUUAUUUUAGAACAUGACAAUAGUUCUUAUUCUUCUCUGCAAGAACUAAUAAAAACUCAUCGUGCCCCUGGAUCCAAUAUUUGGCUGAAGGAAUGUCUACCACCCUCAGAGUUUGAAACAUCGAUGCUACUUCUCUGCAGAAAGGAUUCCUCACAGGAUGAUGACUCAAAACGUCUCUCAUCAGCCCCACUGGUGAUCGACUUCCGCACCAUCCGUGUAUCCAAGAGCCGCUACGUAGAUCAGUCAGGUAGCAUGCUGAAUAUGAUGCAUGCCACUUGGAGGCAGGGAAAAUCCAAAGAUGUCAGUGUUCUAGUCAAGACACUUGAAAGACAGCACUAUGAAAAUCAUCCUCUUGUAUUUAGCAACAACUGUGAUAAAUGGUCAUCAAUGGCAAAAAAUUGGGCAUUUUUACAAUCCUCUUGCGUUGCACGUCUCCUUGGCAUUGUGAUUAACAAUCCUGUUUCCUUGGUGCUGGAGCAUGUUGCCUUUGGCCCGCUUGAUUCAUAUCUCAAGGAAAAUCGACAAGUCAUAAAGCCCAUUGAUCUGGUUGAAGCUUGUGCCAAUCUUGCAUCUGCUCUUUGGCAUCUUGAGGAGCAUGGUAUUGUCCACGGCAACAUACGAUGCAAGAAUCUGCUUCUUGCUACCCAUGAUGCACAAAGCUUCUCGGUCAAGCUUGCAGAUCCUGGACUUCCUGUUUACACAUAUUAUGACAUUCACUGGAUUCCUCCUGAGUGCUACCAUGAUUUGGAAAGUGCCCAGAAUUCACCACUGGCAGAUGUGUGGGCCUGUGGCACAACCAUGUGGGAAAUAUUUGCACUCGGAGAUUCUAUACCAGACCUAUCAAAUGUGGAAAGUGUCAAAAAGCAUUAUCUAAGUGGAGGAACUCUACCCUGCCCUCCACUCUGUUCACAAGACAUAUUUCAACUUAUAAAAGAGUGCUGGGAAGUUGAUGCAAACAAUCGAAAGAAACCACAAGCAGUAAUGCGAGAUAUCAACCAAAUAUUUUACCAAGUUUUCAACUCAAGACGGACUCAUUCAUAUUCAGUGGCCUUGCCGAAGCGGUUCAAGGAGCAGGCUGAAGAAACAUACAGUAUUAGUGAGUCGGAAAUCAGCAUGCUGUCUGGUGCUACGGUGGAAACUUUACUGGAUUCUGGAGGAGGAGGUCGUGUUAUUUCUGGUCAGACAUUUGCUGAGAAUAUUUCUCACAGCAGUGAAAGCAAUCUGUUUGGAAACUGGCUUUUGGGAGAUUCUCAAGAACACCUUCUUGGCAACUAUGAAACUAUGACCCCUAAUAUCUCAGCAAUGCUCUCAAAUAUGACCUUUUCUACUGUGACAACGUCUUUAGAAAGUAUGUCCUCUGUAUUUGAGUUGGGCCCUGAUGUCAAUGUAGUGUUGCAAGGACGUAUUGGGCAGGGGUUCUAUGGUGAGGUUUACAAGGGAACAUUAGAGCGGCUGGAUAGUAGUGAGACUGAGCAAGUAGCUGUCAAAAAGUUGAGAUCUGAUGCUCUGAGUACAACAUUAGCUGAUUUUGAACGGGAAAUUAACAUCAUGAAGACUUUGGAACACCCAAACAUUGUACAAAUAAAAGGUGUUGUUCAUGAGCCAGAAGUCAGUCUUGUUAUGGAGUUUGUCCAGCAUGGCUCUUUGAAGAGCUAUUUGAAAAUCCAUAAUGAAAAGCUCCUUCCCGAGAAACAUCUUCUGAAAUUUGCUCUUGAUGUCGCCAAGGGCAUGGAGUAUCUGGGCCAGAAAAAUAUUGUCCACAGGGAUUUGGCAGCUCGUAACAUUCUCGUUUUUGAUGAAUUUAAUGUUAAAAUAUCAGACUUUGGUCUUGCUCAGGUCAUGAGCCAAAAUAAUUACUACAUAAUGACAUCCAAUCGAGAACUACCUAUCCCAUGGUAUGCUCCAGAAAGUUUACGGGAUGGUAAAUUUUCUCCCCGUUCUGAUGUGUGGUCCUAUGGAGUUACACUCUAUGAAAUGUUUUCACUCGGAGAAGAGCCAAGACUUGCAUCAUGCACCAACGAACAGGACCAUCAUGAACUUUUGAGAGUGUUGGACAAAGGCGACAGGCUGCCCUGUCCGCCGCAAUGUCCACAAGCUGUUUAUGUCGAGCUGAUGACCCCUUGUUGGAAGUCUGAAUCCAGGGACCGGCCCUCUUUCAGUGAAAUUUGUGAUAUCAUUUCGUCAAUGAGAACUUUAAUGUAAUGUAGUGUGCUGUGUUAUAUUUUAUUUGAAUACUGUGAUUUAAUUUUUCUUAUUUCAUAGCAAUUUAAUUGUUGUUUUUACCUCAGUAUUGUGACAUUCUAGCGGGUAUGUACUUAAUGUUUUCGUGUCAUUAAAUAUGGUAUGGUAUUGCUCAACA